AUGUUUCUACUCUACCGUGUCUUGAUUAUACGUUUUUGCACCGACGCUGCUGGCGUGCACUGGGCGGAAGCAGCGCUCGGCUCGCUGUGGACCACCAGCCCCGGAACGAGGGACACACAUUUUCUUAGCACCGUGCUGCGAGAGCACUAUCGCGAAGUUGAGUCCGAGGUGCACAUUCGCAUCUGGAACGGCAAUGUCCCCGAGGCCAGCCCGUUCCAGGACGAGCUUGUCGGGGACAUUACACGCACCAACGCCGACUGGAUGAUCGUGUCUUUCGGUGAUCUCGCCGCACUGGAGCAUCGACUCGCGUACUACAACGUGCUGCUAGUGCUCGAUUAUGACGCAUUUAGUGCCGGGUUGCAGGGCAUAAUCGAGGGCGGGGGUCAUCACUUCCACGGUUUGUACACAUUUUUCAUCGAACAGCUCGCCGACCGUCAACUGCUUGGUGGUGUGAUGCAAAAGCUCUGGAGCAUCCCGAUAAUGAAUGCGCUCGUCAUUCUGGCGGCGAGUGAUAGCAGCGAGUACAUCGCGUAUUCGUACUAUCCUUACCAGGCGGGACUAGACUGUGGCAUUGCGGAACCGCGCGUAAUUGGGCGGUAUGCGAACGGGGCGUGGGACCGUUUGGGUGGGCUGUUUCCGGACAAGCUGGCAAACCUGCACGGAUGUCCGCUGACUGUCGCGACGGUGGAAAUUAAUCCAUUCUCCAUGGUUCGCACGGAAAACAAUCGCACCGUACACUACGGGAUUGAGGUGGAUAUCGUAGAAACGCUCGCGGCUCGUUUGAACUUCACCAUCCGGUACGUGGGGCCGAAGGAUAACAGCAAGUGGGGUAUAAUUCAAGCGUCCAACAGCACCGGACUGGUGGGGAUGUUGCAGCGCCACGAGGCAGACUUUGGGUUCGGCAGUCUCGGGUUUUCGCUGAGCCGGCACACCUACCUCAAGAUGGGCAUUCCGAACCGGAUGUCGCAGAUGAUCAUGGCGAUACCGCCGAAACGGCCGUACACCUCGCUGGAGAAGCUGUUCCAACCGUUCACGGCGGACGCGUGGCUUUGCAUUGGUCUCGGGUACGCGGUGUUUGGGAUUGUGACGAUGGCACUCGUGAAGCUGCGGUACCGCGUUGAACAGCUGAGCAAUCCGCUCUACCUGCUGUGGGUACUGCUGAUGGGUGGUUCCGGUGCACGGUUCCGGCUGGACAGUACGCGCCUGUUUAUGAUUGGCUUCAUUCUCAACACGCUGGUCAUACGGACGCUGUAUCAGGCGGGCAUGUUUCAACGGCUGCAAUCGUCUGCCUCGCUAGCAUCCGACUUUAACACGCUCGAUGCGAUCAACAAGGCCGGAGUGUACUACAACAUGUUCCGUGCGUCGCUUCAAUUCUACAAGGACAACCCGAAGAUUCCCGCUAGCCGCAUUCGGCUGGUGCAGAACGAUCACCAGGAUUGGAGCGAGCUGUUCUACCUGGUGGCACACGAUCGGUUGGGCGGUGUCAUGGCGAGCCCGUACGAUUGUAUCGCUUACUACGUGAAGGUGCACGGAAAGGAUGGCGUAGUUUACGUGGGCCGGAAUACCGGCUUCAUGUACAAUCUUGGCUUUCAUUAUCCGAAAUCCACCCCUCUGCAAGGGCCGUUCGACGCGUGGAUACUACGGAUGCACACCUCGGGGCUGAUACACAGCUGGUCGGAAAAGUUUAGAGACAAUCGCUACUGGUCGAACGCGAAGGAAGACCCGGAACCGGCCAGCCUGAAGUGGAAUCAAAUAUCGGGAGGAUUUUAUCUGUGCAGUCUGUUGCUGUGCUUUGCCUCGAUCGUGUUCCUGGGCGAGUUGAUGCAUCAUCGUUUGCGUACUAGCCGGCUGUUCCGAUGCAAGCUAGAGCCGCCCAUUACACCUGAGAAGGAGGCUUAAAGGCUGCUCUGAGUGUGUGUGUGUGUGAUUAGUCGAUGCAGGUAGUGAUAAUGCAGGGCCAUGCAGAUCUAGUUGCUACGCGAAGGAAUCGCCCAUUACAGCUAGCUCGCGAUAAGCAUGCGGAAGUCGAGCUACAGACAAAGAAACAAGCGGAACAGAAACGCGGUCUCUUCCGAGUGUGCCCCAACCCCCAACCGGUGACCGGUUUCGCCAAAAACUAUGAUUCAUCCGCAGUGGGAUCGGCGAAUAGACAGAUCAUGCGUCUCUCCGUGGCACUUAUAAACACACACACACACACACGCAUACACCCGAGUGUCCAUUUUGCACAGAUGAACCGGGAAGAGGAAGCGAACCGUUCCGAAUCGUAAGCGCCAUAUAAAAGCGAAGGCAGGCGCCUCCCGCUCGUUCUGUUGGUGGUAGUGAAUGCAAACACUGCCGGAACAAAAAUGUUUCGUUCGCUCGGAACAGUGGAACGGUUUAAUGCUACCAGUGGGACUGGUUUGCUGGCGCUCAUAUUUUGCAAUAAAAAAAAUUGCGUAGAUUGCAUUUAAUGUUGCUAGAAGAAUAAAGUGUCUGGGCUAGACUAGUUGCG